AUGGAGAUCAGGUACGAGUACUCGCGGAAGCGCAGCGAGUUCGGCCGGCCCUGCAGCUUCUCGGACCUCCUGGCCGAGGUGACCGUGGACAUCCCGCCCGACCCCAGCCUGGCCGACGACUUCAUCCCCCAGGACCCCGUGGACUUUGGGGUGCAGGAGGGUCCUGUCAUGGCCCUGCACGAGGUGAACACGGAGCGGGCGCAGGUGUCCGUCCGGGGUGUGAACCACGUGGAGGGCGGCUGGCCCAAGCACGUGGACCCCAAGAACUCGGAGCUGACCACCCGCUACCGGGAGGAGGUGGAGAGGGAAGAGGUCUACACCAAGACUGUCCAGCGCCUCGGCUUCGUGAUGGAGCACUACAUCAAGCAGAACAACACCAUCGACAUCUACGAGGAAUAUUUUGAGGAGGAAGAGGAGGAAGAGGAGGAGGAGGAGCAUCCCUCAGCCAAAACCAUCAAUGUCAUCAGGGACCCCAACAGGCCCAGGAGGAUGGCCACGCACCUCUCCUGGCACCCCGACAGCAACCGGGCCGUGGCCGUGGCUUACUGCAGCCUGGACUUCCAGGACAGCAGGAAGGACAUGAGCUUUGAUUCCUACAUCUGGGACCUGGCAAAACCCUACACCCCGGAGCUCACCCUCAAGCCCUCGUCGCCUGUGGUGACCCUGGAGUACAAUUCCAAGGACUGGUACCACCUGCUGGGAGGCUGCUACAACGGGCAGAUAGUGUAUUGGGACACCAGGAAGGGGGGGCUGCCCAUGGAGAUGACUCCUGUGGAGUUCAGCCACAGGGACCCCGUGUACGGCGCGUGCUGGCUGCCCUCCCGAACGGGCACCGAGUGCUUCUCGGGCUCCACCGACGGGCAGGUCCUGUGGUGGGACAUCCGCAAGAUGUCACAGCCCAGCGAGAAGCUGAUCUUGGACAUCACCCGGCAAGAUCAGCUGAAGGAGGCUCUGGGUGCCAUCUCCCUGGACUUUGCACCCAUCCUGCCCACCAAGUUCCUGGUGGGCACAGAGCAGGGCAUCAUCAUCUCCUGCAACCGUGACGCCAAGACACCACCUGAGAAAAUCGCCAACAUCUUCAGAAGCCACAUCGGGGCUGUCUACAGGGUGACCAGGAACCCCUUCUUCCCCAAAGUCUUCCUGUCAGUCGGUGACUGGACUGCUCGGAUCUGGACGGAGGAGCUCAUGGACUCAUCCUCAAUUAUGGAGACCAAGUACCACACCUCCUACCUGCUGGACGUGUGCUGGAGCCCCGUGAAGCCGGCCGUGUUCUUCACCGCCAGGUCGGACGGGAUCCUGGACGUCUGGGACUUCCUCUUCCACCAGAAAGAGCCUUCCCUCAGCCUCAAGGUGUCCAACGAUCCCCUGCUCAGCCUGUGCUCGCAGGACAACGGGCGCAUCGUCGCCUGUGGCACCAAGCAGGGCGCCGUCUCCCUCCUGGAGAUCUCCCCGGGCCUCUGCACCAUCCGGAAGAACGAGAAGACCCUGAGCUCCACAAUGUUCGAGCGGGAGGCCAGGCGGGAGAAGGUCCUGCAGGACAAGUACCGGGAGCGGCUGCUGCGGGAGCAGGAGCGCCUGCGGGCCCGGCCAGAGGAGCAGGAGGAUCCCCAGGAGCUGUUCAAGCAGGCCCGAGCAGAUUUCCUCUCCAGCAUCAAGGCGGAGCGGCGGAGGAGGGGCCUGGAAGUGCCCGGAGAGGUAACGGGGAUGGGACAGUUCUGCUACCGUGGCAGGGACCCCAGCAAGGGCAGGGGACAGGGACAGGGAUCCUGUUUUUCAGGAUGAAGAGGGGCAGGCAGCUGCACAGGAGGAAAGCCAGCAGAAAGAGUAGGAGGAUGCCAAGGUCAGCGUGCUCCAGCCGCACCUUCCUUUCCCCUCCGUGCCAGAGCUGCUGCAGGGACGAGGCCACUGUCCCCAAGCCAGGCGGUUCUCCUGGGCUUCCUGCCCUCCUGGGCUCUCUGCCCUCCUGGGGUGGCAAGUGGGGGACUCUGCACAGCCCCCUGACCCCUCAGCUGCUGCCUGGCCUUUGCAUCCUUGUUUUCUUUGGUGUGAAUAAAGCUGUGCUUUCCACGUCACCUUUCCUCUUUUGUCACAGCAGGGGUGAGCAGAGGGUGGGAAAGUCAGGUCCUCCUGCUCCUCCUGUCCUUUCCUUGACCCAGGACACUCAAAGCCAGCGGCUGAGCACAGCCAAGCACCCACGGCAGCACAGGGUGUCCCUCAGUGUCCCCAGGCCAUGGAGCAGGGCACAGCAGGGUGCCUGGUGGCAGCAGGGGGCCCCAGUCCCUUCUGGGCUCCGUGUCCCCACAGGAGCAGCCCUGGGCUGGGUUAUCAGUGCUGGGUAAACACAGCCCUGCUGGCAGAACUGGCAGCCACCCCGACUCCUCACCCCCCUUAAUUAAUCAUUAACGAGCUGCCAGCAGAGCUGUCACAGCGAUGGGGACACCACACAGGUGGCUCUCUGUGGGCUGAGGGGGAGCCCCCCGGCAGGACCCUUCCCCAGGCUCUGCUGAGGGGCUGAACCCACCGGUGGGUGAGCGAUGCCAGGACGGGGUUCGGGGGCCAUCACCCCCCCAG